UUUACUAGGCUCAUAAAAUGGCCUCCUAUUAGACAUGAGGUCCACUAGGCACUCCGUAAAGUGGCAUUGUUUCAGAUUCAACGUAGUGCGCAAAUGUAGGGAGCGGGGAGCGAUUCCGGAUUUAACCGCAAAGAAUGAUGGGAAACGGGUUGACAGUAAUGGCUUCGCUCUGGCUGUUAUCUUAUUGAAAGUUUGAGUAAAACCUCUUGUCUAAGAAAUAAUAUGAAUUAGACAGUAGGAUAUUUAGAUAAUGAAGUAGGCGUCGUCUGAACAGUAGGAGCGUUUCUGUCACGAUUUACACCGCUUCAUCCAGACUGGCCUUUUCCUUUUUCACUAUGUCUGCAAACGUGGAUUUCAAGGAGAGAAGGAGGUCAAGCACAGACUCGAAUGAGAGGAGACGACCGGGAAUCAGAGUAAAAGAGGAAAAGAAGCAAAAACGCAGCCGAAGCAGAUCCUCAUCAGUCAGCUCAUCUUCCUCUUCGUCGUCGUCUUCAUCUCGCUCCUCUUCUAGCAGUGGCUCGUCCUCACGCAGCAGGAGCAGCUCCAGUAGCAGUGAUUCUUACCAAAAGAAAAGGAAAGUUUCAAAGAAAAGGAAAAAGGAAAAGCCUGGCAAAAAGCAGAAAAAAGACAAAGCACGCAAGCGAAAGAAGGACAAGAAAAUUAAAGUAGAGGAAGACGCCUCUGGUCCUGUUCAGAUUUCAAAGUACCUGAAGGAGAAGAAGCGGAGUGGCAAGUACAGCAUGAUCUCAGGGAAGAAGAUCAAAAUGAAGUUGAAGAAAUCAAAGAAGGACAAGCAAAGAGACAAGAACCGCGCUGAGCUGUUGGAGUUUCUGAACUCGACUUGCUAAUUCAGACUUUAUGCUUCAACUUUCCCCAUAAUUAUUUUUAUUUUUUUUUUAUUUUUUAUUAACUUUGUCUUGGCCAGUCAGCUCUCAGGGAAAUGCCUGUAAUUUCCUGUAAUGGACAGCACUGUGGGUUCUCGUACAGCUCACCACAAUUGGAUAAACAUCUUAUUUUGUUAUCUUUCUAUACAGUGUUGUUUUGUUAACACCCGAUGCUACUCGCAUGUUAUUCCUGUUAUAAAGCAUCACUCUCGUAUGUUUGCUAAUUUUGGACUUUUUAAUACAGUUAAGGGUGAUAUUCUCUACUUUUAAUCUACUUGUAUUUUAGGUCACGAUUAUUGUAACAAGAUCACACAGGUUUUUAAAUUGAGGAAAAACUCAGUGACUUUUUUUUUUUGUUUUUUUUACUCCAGACAGACUGUUUGUUUUUUUUUUGUUUUUUGUUUUUUUUUUUGUUUUUUUUCAGUAGCCCAAAUUUCAGAAUUACAGCAAACACCAUUUUCACCCAAAAAUGACUUAUGAGACAUUAAAAGUGGACAUGUAGAAAAUAUCAGUAGACACAAUCAUGAUUGUACAUUUACUAAAAUAUGAUAAAACGUGCAGCGUUCACAAAAUGUGUGUUAUUUGUCGUGUUAAAAUUAAGUGGGUAAGAAUUGAGAACAUGCAGACAUCUGUAAAGAUUGUUAGAUAAAUAAAAACAAAUCAGUCCAAAUGUGCUGCGGAGUUUAUUUAAAGAACAAUUUUACUUGUGUAAAAAUGCAACAACAAAAAAGAGAGAGAGAGAAUAAAUAGGUAUCUUUCUUCUGGUGUUUUUCAGAGUCAGUAGAAAGGUCUCUUUAGUGACAGCACAGACAUUGCAGUUUAUUUCUCUGAACACAUCUGCAGUCCUCAUGCCUCCCUGCAGCAGGUCUAUGGCAUGUUCACGCAGGUGAGCAGGAACCCUAGGCAUCUUUCUUCUGGUGUUUUUCAGAGUCAGUAUAAAGGUCUCUAUAGUGUCCCAAGUUAUUGUAACUUUGACAUUAAUCGCCUACCGCUUGUAAACUGUUCAUGUCUUAAGGAAGGUUCCACAGGUGCAUGUGCAAUAAUUGUUUACGCUUCAUUGAACAAGCAUGAAAAACAUCGCUUAAACCCUUUAGGAUAAAGAUCUUUUGAAUUUUAAAAAAUUAUCUUUAAAAUACAAUCUCCUGGAAAAGAAAAAAGGGACGUUUCUUUUUUUUGCUGAGUAUGUUUAUAUUUUUAUAAACGACACAAAAUUAUAUUUAUAUUGAAAUGACAAUAUCAAGAAUUUAGGACAUCCUUUUUUUUGUCCUAAGCACACCUUUAACCUAAUCUUUUUUCUUUCUUUUUUUUUUUAGUAUAAAUGCCUAUAGUUCUAUUCAAGAUUUCUUUUAUUGUCAUUUCUAUGCACUUGUAAAUAUCUUCAUUAUUAUAAAACCUUAAGCACAAUAUAAUGUGACUUACUUUCACUUAAGUGUUGAUGUGGCAUAAAUCUAGACCAGUGUUUUUGUCUAAAGUGGACAAAUCAGAAUUGUCUCACCGCUGUAUGUGAAAAUCUUUACACAUCAGAUCUAUGUUGCUCGUAUAUGCUGUUUAGAUUGAAUGCAUAUAGAGUCUGGUUGUGCAUUUAUAAAAAUAAAUAAAUAAAGAGAUACAGGCCAGCAGCUUUGGGUAAUGUUCACAUCAACUAUCAGAAUGGGGGAAAGAUGUGAUCUCCGUGAUUUUGACCUGACGGGCAGGUUUGGGUAUUUCUAUAACUGCUGAUCUGGGAUUUUUAUGCACAAAGGUCUCUAGUGUUUACUCAGAAUGGCACAAUAAAGAAAAAAAGAGUGGGCAGUGAGCAGGAGCUUUGCAGACGGAAAUGCCUUGUUGAUGAUGGAGGUCAACAGAAUGGCCAGACUGGUUCGAGCUGACAGAAGGGCUGCAGUAACUCAGAUAACCACUCUGUACAAUUGUGGUAAGCAGAAAAGCACCUCAGAACGCACAACACGUCGAAACUUGAGGCGGAUGUGCUACAUCAGCAGAAGCCCACGUCAGGUUAAAUUUCUGCCAGUCAAAAACAGAAAUCUGAGGCUGCAGUGGGACAGACUCACCAAAAGUGGACAGUUGAUGACUGGAAAAACGUAGUCUGGUCUGAUGAAUCUCAGUUUCUGCUGAGACACGCCGAUGGUAAGAUAAGAAUUUGGUGCCAACAGUAUGAAUCCAUGGACCAAUAGUCCAGGCUGGUGGAGGUGAUAUAAUGGUGUGGGGAAUGUUUUCUUGCCACUCUUUGUGCCUGUUAAUACCGAUCAAUCAUUGCUUGAAUUCCGCAGCCUAUUUGAGUAUUGUUGUAUUAUUGAUCAUGUGCAUCCCUUCAUGGCCACAAGUUACCAUCUUGUAAUGUCUACUUCCAGCACCAUGUCACAAAGCAAAAGUCGUCUCAUGCUAGUUUCGUGUGCUCGCUUGUCUAUGUCCUUGCCCUGUGUGUAUACUGCUCUACCUCGUCACAACCAUUUCAAUGUACAUGUCCUGGCAUACUAUGCAAAUGAUCAAUAAACUUGACUGUUAAUGUCUGCAUUAUAAAUGUAGUUACUACUUUAGUGUGAGGAAAGACAUUUCUGUCAUUGUUUCUUAUAUCGCAAUUGAUCUAAACUACUGUACUCUUAUCUGCCAUCAGAGGAAGGGUUUAAAUGGUCAUUCAUUCAUCAAUUUUAUUUAU